UGCUGAAACUUGGGAGACUGAGGCUGUGGCCUCAGUCCGCCUGGUCCACCUUUGCUAGCUUCCAGUCCCCAUCUGUUUUCUAUGCAUGGACCAUGCUCUAGCCUGGGUUGACCAGUGUCUCCCUCCUACUCAAGUUCUUCAGAGAACCCUAGGAUGUGACCUUCAGUGGCAAGAGUCACCGUGGGCAUCACUAUUUAGGGUGAAGUCACGUUGCAGCGGGGGUCCCCUGAAUGCAGCGGGGUGUCUUCCUAAGAGGAGCUGACAUGAAGACAUGUGGACAGAAGAUGGGACAGAGCCAGAGGCAGAGACAGGACUGCCAAGGACCGCAGGCCGCUGAGAACAAGCUAAGGAUGAGUUUUCAUGGGAUUCCCAGAAGGACCAGCCCCGCUCUUGAUUUUGGACGUCUGGCUCCCAAAACAUAAAGAAAUCCUCGCCUGAGUCUUUGACGACGCAGCCUCCUGGUGGAAGUUUCUGGCACCUGUGACGAGGUCGCCUGCCAUCAGAUGACUGGGACCAGCCCUUAGUCCUCGCUGCGGUCAGAGCCUUGUCGCACUUCAGAACCUACCUGGACCUUACCACCAUGUCAGGAUCGACACAACCUGUGGCACAGACGUGGCGGGCCGCUGAGCCCCGCUAUCCACCCCACGGCAUCUCCUACCCGGUGCAGAUCGCCCGGCCCCACACGGACGUGGGGCUGCUUGAGUACCAACACCACCCUCGUGACUACGCCUCCCACCUGUCACCUGGCUCCAUCAUCCAGCCACAGAGGAGGCGGCCCUCACUGCUAUCCGAGUUCCAGCCUGGGAGUGAAAGGUCUCAGGAGCUCCACCUGCGCCCUGAGUCUCGCACCUUCCUGCCUGAGCUGGGCAAGCCCGACAUAGAAUUCACAGAGAGCAAGCGCCCGCGCCUGGAGCUACUACCAGAUACCCUGCUGCGCCCGUCGCCCCUGCUGGCCACCGGGCAGCCCAGUGGGUCUGAAGACCUUACCAAGGACCGUAGCCUGUCAGGCAAGCUGGAGCCCGUGUCACCCCCCAGUCCACCGCACGCUGACCCGGAGCUGGAUCUGGCACCGUCUCGGCUGUCCAAGGAGGAGUUGAUCCAGAACAUGGACCGUGUGGACCGUGAGAUCACCAUGGUGGAGCAGCAGAUCUCCAAGCUGAAGAAGAAGCAGCAACAGUUGGAGGAGGAGGCCGCCAAGCCGCCCGAGCCCGAGAAGCCCGUGUCGCCGCCACCCAUAGAGUCCAAGCACCGAAGCCUGGUCCAGAUCAUCUACGACGAGAACCGGAAGAAAGCAGAGGCCGCGCAUCGGAUUCUGGAAGGGCUGGGGCCCCAGGUGGAGCUGCCUCUGUACAACCAGCCAUCCGACACACGCCAGUACCAUGAAAACAUCAAAAUAAACCAGGCGAUGCGGAAGAAGCUGAUCCUGUACUUCAAGCGAAGGAACCACGCGCGCAAGCAGUGGGAACAGCGCUUCUGCCAGCGCUAUGACCAGCUCAUGGAGGCAUGGGAGAAGAAGGUAGAACGCAUUGAGAACAAUCCGCGGAGGAGGGCCAAGGAGAGCAAGGUGCGGGAAUACUACGAGAAACAGUUCCCGGAGAUCCGCAAGCAGCGGGAGCUGCAGGAGCGCAUGCAGAAGGUGGGCCAGCGAGGCAGCGGACUCUCUAUGUCGGCUGCCCGCAGUGAACAUGAGGUUUCCGAGAUCAUCGAUGGCUUGUCUGAGCAGGAGAACCUGGAGAAGCAGAUGCGUCAGCUGGCAGUGAUCCCGCCCAUGUUAUAUGACGCGGACCAGCAGAGGAUCAAGUUCAUCAACAUGAAUGGGCUCAUGGACGACCCCAUGAAGGUGUACAAGGACCGCCAGGUCACCAACAUGUGGAGUGAGCAGGAGCGGGACACCUUCCGUGAGAAGUUCAUGCAGCACCCCAAGAACUUUGGCCUGAUCGCCUCGUUCCUGGAGAGAAAGACGGUGGCUGAAUGUGUCCUCUAUUACUACCUGACCAAGAAGAAUGAAAACUACAAGAGUUUGGUGAGGCGGAGCUACCGGCGCCGAGGCAAGAGCCAGCAGCAGCAGCAACAGCAGCAGCAGCAGCAGCAGCAACAGCAGAUGGCCCGGAGCAGCCAGGAGGAGAAGGAGGAGAAGGAGAAGGAGAAGGAGACCGACAAGGAGGAGGAGAAGCAGGAUGUGGAUAACGAGAAAGAGGAGCUGAGCAAGGAGAAGACAGAUGAUACUUCCGGGGAGGAUAACGAUGAGAAAGAGGCUGUGACCUCGAAAGGCCGUAAAACUGCCAACAGCCAAGGCCGCCGCAAAGGCCGCAUCACCCGCUCCAUGGCCAACGAGGCCAACCACGAGGAGGCCGCCACCCCUCAGCAGAAUUCAGAGAUAGCUUCCAUGGAGAUGAACGAGAGUUCUCGCUGGACUGAGGAGGAGAUGGAGACAGCGAAGAAAGGCCUCCUGGAACAUGGGAGGAACUGGUCAGCCAUCGCCCGCAUGGUGGGCUCCAAGACCGUCUCCCAGUGUAAGAACUUCUACUUCAACUACAAGAAGAGGCAGAACCUGGAUGAGAUCCUUCAGCAGCACAAGCUAAAGAUGGAGAAGGAGAGGAAUGCGCGGAGGAAGAAAAAGAAGACCCCAGCCGCAGCGAGCGAGGAGACAGCCUUCCCACCUGCCGCCGAGGACGAGGAGAUGGAAGCCUCGGGCGCAAGUGCCAAUGAGGAAGAGCUGGCUGAGGAGGCGGAAGGCUUACAGGCCUCUGGGAACGAGGUUUCCAGAGUGGGAGAGUGCAGUGGCCCAGCCGCUAUCAACAACAGCUCUGAUACCGAGAGUGUCCCAUCCCCGCGCACGGAGGCCACCAAGGACACUGGGCAAAAUGGACCUAAGGCCACCGGCACUGAGGCAUUGCCUGCUGCCACCCAGCCACCCGUCCCUCCACCAGAAGAACCUGCAGCGGCCCCCGCUGAGCCCUGCCCAGCCCCUGAUGCCAGUGGCCCGCCAUCCCCAGUCGCUCCCCCGUCCCCCGCCACACCCCCGGCUGCUGUUCCCAAGGAUGACCAAGAAGACCAGGCGGCCACAGUUCCUCAGACGGAGGAUGCCAAGGAGCAGAAGCCUGAGUCUGAGGAGCUGAUGAUUGAUGUGGGAAAGGCAGAGGAGCCUGAGGUCCCUGAGGAGCCGCCCAGGAGUGUGACGAGUGAGCACAAGGAGGAGGCUGAGGAGGAGCCCGAAGACAAGGCCAAAGGCACAGAGGCCAUCGAGGCUGCGUCUGAGGCGCCGCUCAAGGUGGACGAGGCUGGAAGCAAGGCUGGGGCCACCAAGGGUUCCAGCUCGGGCCCCCCCCAGGACAGUGACUCCAGUGCCACCUGCAGUGCCGACGAGGUGGACGAGCCCGAGGGAGGCGACAAGGGCAGGCUGCUGUCACCAAGGCCCAGCCUCCUCACCCCGGCCGGCGAUCCACGGGCCAGUACCUCGCCCCAGAAGCCGCUGGACCUGAAGCAGCUGAAGCAGCGAGCGGCCGCCAUCCCCCCCAUUCAGGUCACCAAGGUCCAUGAACCCCCCCGGGAGGACACAGUGCCCCCAAAGCCAGCUCCCCCUGUGCCUCCACCCACGCAGCACCUACAGCCAGAGGGUGACGUGUCCCAGCAGUCGGGAGGAAGUCCACGCGGCAAGAGCCGGAGCCCGGUACCUCCUGCCGAGAAAGAGGCAGAGAAACCUUCAUUCUUUCCGGCCUUCCCUACUGAAGGCCCGAAGCUACCUACUGAGCCCCCACGCUGGACAUCGGGCCUGCCCUUCCCCAUCCCUCCACGGGAGGUGAUCAAGACUUCCCCGCACGCCCCAGACCCCUCUGCCUUCUCCUACACACCUCCUGGUCACCCACUGCCUCUGGGCCUCCACGACAGUGUCCGGCCGGUCCUGCCGCGCCCCCCCAUCUCUAACCCCCCGCCCCUUAUCUCCUCUGCCAAGCAUCCCGGCGUACUUGAGAGGCAGCUAGGUGCCAUCUCCCAGGGAAUGUCUGUGCAGCUUCGAGUCCCCCACUCAGAACAUGCCAAGGCCCCCAUGGGCCCUCUCACCAUGGGGCUGCCUCUGUCUGUGGACCCUAAGAAGCUGGCCCCAUUCAGUGGAGUGAAGCAGGAGCAGUUGUCCCCGGGCCAGGCUGGGCCACCUGAGAGUCUGGGGGUGCCCACUGCUCAGGAGACAUCUGUGCUGAGAGGGACGGCACUGGGCUCCACCGCCAGCGGGAGCAUCACCAAGGGCCUCCCCAGCACCCGGGCCGCAGACGGCCCCAGCUACCGCGGCUCUAUCACCCACGGCACGCCCGCUGACGUCCUUUACAAGGGCACCAUCAGCAGGAUUGUCGGUGAGGACAGCCCAAGUCGCCUUGACCGGGCACGGGAGGACACCCUGCCCAAGGGCCACGUCAUCUACGAGGGCAAGAAGGGCCACGUCCUGUCCUAUGAAGGUGGUAUGUCCGUGUCCCAGUGCUCCAAGGAGGACGGCAGGAGCAGCUCAGGCCCGCCCCACGAGACUGCCGCCCCGAAGCGCACCUAUGACAUGAUGGAGGGCCGGGUGGGCAGGACCAUCACCUCAGCCAGCAUCGAGGGACUCAUGGGCCGCGCCAUCCCUGAGCAGCACAGUCCUCACCUCAAGGAGCAGCAUCACAUCCGAGGCUCCAUCACACAAGGAAUCCCGCGGUCAUAUGUGGAGGCCCAGGAGGACUACUUACGUCGGGAGGCCAAGCUCUUGAAGCGAGAGGGCACCCCGCCGCCCCCACCGCCCCCGCGGGACCUGACUGAGUCCUACAAGACCCGGCCCCUGGACCCUCUGGGCCCCCUGAAGCUGAAGCCAGCUCACGAGGGUGUGGUAGCGACUGUGAAGGAGGCGGGCCGCUCGAUCCACGAGAUCCCGCGGGAGGAGCUGCGCCGCACGCCUGAGCUACCCCUGGCCCCGCGGCCUCUCAAGGAGGGUUCCAUCACCCAGGGCACGCCACUCAAGUAUGACUCCGGGGCACCGUCCACUGGCACCAAGAAACACGAUGUGCGCUCCAUCAUCGGCAGCCCCGGCCGGCCUUUCCCGGCCCUGCACCCACUGGACAUGAUGGCUGACGCCCGGGCUCUGGAGCGUGCCUGCUAUGAGGAGAGUCUAAAGAGCCGGUCAGGGACCACCAGUGGUGCGGGAGGCUCCAUCACACGUGGAGCCCCGGUCGUAGUACCCGAGCUGGGCAAGCCACGGCAAAGCCCACUGGCCUACGAAGACCACGGGGCACCCUUCACCAGCCACCUACCACGCGGCUCCCCUGUGACCACGCGGGAGCCCACGCCACGCCUUCAGGAAGGCAGCCUUCUGUCCAGCAAGGCGUCCCAGGACCGGAAGCUGACGUCGACACCCCGGGAAAUCGCCAAGUCCCCACACAGCACCGUGCCCGAGCACCACCCCCACCCCAUCUCCCCCUACGAGCACUUGCUUCGGGGCGUAAGCGGUGUGGACCUGUACCGUGGCCACAUCCCGCUGGCCUUUGACCCCACCUCCAUACCCCGAGGCAUCCCUCUGGAUGCAGCCUACUACCUGCCUCGGCACCUGGCCCCCAGCCCCGCCUACCCGCACCUGUAUCCGCCUUACCUCAUCCGUGGCUACCCUGACACUGCGGCCCUGGAGAACCGCCAGACCAUCAUCAACGACUACAUCACCUCGCAGCAGAUGCACCACAACGCUGCCUCCGCCAUGGCCCAGCGCGCCGAUAUGCUGAGGGGCCUGUCACCAAGAGAGUCCUCGCUGGCCCUCAAUUACGCCGCCGGCCCACGAGGCAUCAUCGACCUGUCCCAAGUGCCACACCUGCCCGUGCUGGUGCCGCCAACGCCAGGCACCCCUGCCACCGCCAUCGACCGCCUUGCCUACCUCCCCACGGCGCCCCCCCCACCCUUCAGCAGCCGCCACAGCAGCUCGCCGCUGUCCCCAGGAGGUCCCACUCACCUGGCCAAACCAACUGCCACGUCCUCGUCGGAGCGGGAGCGGGAACGGGACCGGGAGCGAGAACGAGACAAGUCCAUCCUCACGUCUACCACGACUGUGGAGCAUGCGCCCAUCUGGAGACCUGGUACGGAGCAGAGCAGCGGGGCUGGGGGCAGCGGCCGCCCCGCCUCCCACACCCACCAGCACUCGCCCAUCUCCCCCCGGACCCAGGACGCCUUGCAGCAGAGGCCCAGUGUGCUGCACAACACGAGCAUGAAGGGCGUGGUCACCUCCGUGGAACCCGGCACGCCCACGGUCCUGAGGUCCACCUCCACCUCUUCGCCUGUCCGCCCAGCUGCCACAUUCCCACCUGCCACCCACUGCCCACUUGGUGGCACCCUUGAAGGGGUCUACCCUACCCUCAUGGAGCCCGUCCUGCUACCCAAGGAAACCUCUCGGGUUGCCCGGCCUGAGCGGCCCCGUGUGGACACUGGUCAUGCCUUCCUCGCCAAGCCCCCAGCCCGGGAGCCUGCCUCCUCACCCAGCAAGAGCUCUGAGCCCCGAUCCCUAGCACCCCCCAGCUCCAGCCACACAGCCAUCGCCCGCACCCCAGCAAAGAGCCUUGCACCCCACCAUGCCAGUCCGGACCCGCCGGCGCCUGCCUCGGCCUCAGAUCUGCACCGAGAAAAGACUCAAAGUAAACCCUUUUCCAUCCAGGAAUUGGAACUCCGUUCUCUGGGUUACCACAGUGGCGCUGGCUACAGCCCCGACGGGGUGGAACCCAUUAGCCCCGUGAGCUCACCCAGCCUGGCCCACGACAAGGGGCUCUCCAAACCGCUGGAAGAGCUGGAGAAGAGCCACCUGGAAGGGGAACUGCGGCACAAGCAGCCAGGCCCCAUGAAGCUCAGUGCGGAGGCUGCCCACCUCCCGCAUCUGCGGCCGUUGCCUGAGAGUCAGCCCUCCUCCAGCCCACUGCUCCAGACCGCCCCAGGCAUCAAAGGUCACCAGAGGGUGGUCACCCUGGCUCAGCACAUCAGUGAGGUCAUCACGCAGGACUACACACGCCACCACCCACAGCAGCUCAGCGGCCCCCUUCCCGCCCCUCUCUACUCCUUCCCUGGAGCCAGCUGCCCUGUCCUGGAUCUCCGCCGCCCACCUAGCGACCUCUACCUCCCACCCCCCGACCACGGCACCCCAGCCCGGGGAUCCCCCCACAGUGAAGGGGGCAAGAGGUCCCCAGAGCCCAGCAAGACAUCAGUCCUGGGCAACAGCGAGGACGGCAUUGAACCUGUGUCCCCACCAGAGGGCAUGACUGAGCCAGGGCACCCUCGGAGCGCUGCAUACCCACUGCUGUAUCGGGAUGGAGACCAGGGGGAGCCCAGAAUGGGCUCCAAGUCUCCAGGCAACACCAGCCAGCCGCCGGCCUUCUUCAGUAAGCUGACUGAGAGUAACUCCGCCAUGGUGAAGUCUAAGAAACAGGAGAUCAACAAGAAACUCAACACCCACAACCGGAAUGAGCCAGAAUACAAUAUUGGCCAGCCCGGGACGGAAAUCUUCAACAUGCCCGCCAUCACCGGAGCAGGCCUUAUGACCUGUAGAAGCCAGGCGGUGCAAGAACAUGCCAGCACCAACAUGGGGCUAGAGGCCAUUAUUAGAAAGGCACUCAUGGGUAAAUAUGAUCAGUGGGAAGAGCCCCCGCCGCUCGGCACCAAUGCUUUUAACCCUCUGAAUGCCAGUGCCAGUCUGCCCGCUGCCGCUAUGCCCAUAACCACUGCUGACGGACGGAGUGACCACGCACUCACCUCGCCAGGUGGUGUCGGGAAAGCCAAGGUCUCCGGCAGACCCAGCAGCCGAAAAGCCAAGUCGCCAGCCCCAGGCCUGGGGUCCGGAGACCGGCCACCUUCCGUCUCCUCAGUCCACUCAGAAGGGGACUGCAAUCGCCGAACACCACUCACCAACCGCGUGUGGGAGGACCGGCCCUCAUCUGCAGGGUCCACGCCGUUCCCCUACAACCCUCUGAUUAUGCGGCUACAGGCAGGCGUCAUGGCCUCCCCGCCCCCACCCGGCCUGGCCGCAGGCAGUGGGGCCCUGGCCGGUCCCCACCACGCCUGGGACGAGGAGCCCAAGCCACUGCUGUGUUCACAGUAUGAGACACUCUCCGACAGCGAGUGACUCCAGACCGGAGGGGAGCGGGGCCAGGUCCCCCCCGCACGAGGCAGAAGCAGCCCAGCAUGGAGCAGGCAGCUGCCGACUGUCCCCCACUGCGGAGAAGGAGCCCCUGAGUCUGCCUGCGCGUCCAUCCGUCCGUCCACCCAUCUGUCCAUCCAGCGCUGGCAUCCUGCCUGUCUAAAGCCUUAACUAAGACUCCCGUCCUGGGCUGGCCCUGCGCAGUGACCUUACUCAGGGGAUGUUUACCUGGUGCUCGAGAGGGGAGUGGACCGGAGGGGAGAAGAGCGGGCCCGGAGGGGCACGGCGAUCAUCUGGGCCGGCGGGGACCCAGCGCAGGAUGACCAGUCACCUCCACGCCACUGCCUCGCCCCUUAACGCAUUUGGAACCAAAGUCGAAGCUGAGCUUGUGGCCCCGCCCCUCCCCCUGCCCCCAGCCCGCUCGCUCGCGCUCUGGACAGACGUUCCCAGCUUCUCCUGCCCCAGUGCCGUCAUCGCAGCCCCCCAAGGCCCCCCCGGCCCACAAGACUGGGAGCCCAUCAAGACCAGGUGGGUGCACAAGGGUCCAGGCGUGGCCCGGGGCACGGACGUUUGUCGGAACUGGACUGUUCCCGGCCGUCGCUGUGGCGAUGGGAGGGGAGGCAGGUGUAAAUGGUGUUGGCUUACAGGGUAUAUUUUUGAUACCUUCAAUGAGUUAAUUCAGACGUUUCACACAAGGAAGGACUCACCCGUGUUACUGCUGCUGCGCUUUGGUCUCUGCUUCCCGUUCCAGAGGCGUGUGCCGGCCAAGGCGGUGGUGACCCAGACACGCAGGACUGGGGGGUAGGGGCGCCGGCACACAGCCCUGCACCCUCCCUCCUCCCUUCCUUGGGCAGAAUGGACUUGAUGCAUAUUCUGUGGCCGCCAUCUGUGCACGGCGGCAUUCUGUCAUUUACAUAUGUUGUUCCAAUUAAAAAGCAAAUCAUACUCAA